AUGGACGACGAAAAAAAAAACAAAGCAAACGGUCUUACUUCUUCUGUGCAAACAUUCUCAGCUCCAUCUGAUUUCUGUUUUAUGUUUAUCAGUGAUACAGCCAGUGGAGGACCAAAAAAUAAUAGUGACUUAGAUCAAUUAGCACAGUUGAAUGAAAGACUUUUGGAACGAUCGAGAGGAAGGCGAACAGAUUACAAACUUAUUGAUUCUGAAAUUAUUAAAAGUGCACCUGAACCAGUUCCAGCUGCUGUUAAGGAGCAAAUACGUGAUAUGCUUGAAUCACGCAUUUCAAAUGAUACAUCAGUUAAUUCAACUAUUCCACAACAGGAUCGAUCCGGUUAUGUUACGGAUGCUUCAUCAGCUACCUGGCAAUUCUCAUCCCAUUCAUUUUCACCUCGUUCCAUUGUUUCGGUAAAUGGUGGUGCCAAGGAUGGCCUGCUCAAGGUACGUACCGAUCUGUCCCCAGGCUUAUGGCGUACCCUUUCCCGUUCCAAUGCCGCCGUACAAACUGCGCACAUUGAGAGUGAGAAACAACAUUGGCCCUAUAUGCCGUCACGUUUGGGUCCCGUAACGGAUUCAGCGCAAUCCACAAUGACGCGUGAAUUCAACGAGAAUUUCGAGAGACACAUCGAACGUUACGCUUCGUUGCCAACACUGGAAAGUGAUACACGUGGAACAUUGAUUAAGAUUAAGGAUGAUAAGCCUCGAGGUAUUAUGAAGCGUCGUGAACUUGAAACAAAGGAUCAAAUGAUGUAUGCAGAGGAACCACGACAGGUAGUUCGAACAACUGAUCAGUGGGAUGAACGACGAAUUGCUGCAGCGAAGCCAAAAGUAACAGAAACAAUACAAAGAGUGGAAGAGCAUAAACGAAUUGAAGAAAUUGAAAGACGAGUGCAACGGAAAGAGAAAAAAGAAAAGAAAAAUCGUAGCUCUCAUCGAAGUUAUCACCAUCAGCACCGCGGUGGCAGAGGUGAAACUUAUGCAUAUAAUGGUUAUAGUGAUGAAGGUUAUCGUAGUAAUUCAUUAUCACGACAAAAUGGUUAUUUACCUGCACAUGAAAGUUAUAUGCGAUCUGUAACGACACGUCGUGAAAAAGAUGGACGUUAUUAUGAUGACGGACGUCUGAUAACAAACGGAAGCUUUUCAAAUGCACGUUACGGUUCGUCAUUAUCCGAUAGUUUAAGACGUGGAGAAUUACGUUAUAAUCCGAACGGUGAUAUUCGGGAAGUACAUCAUAGCUCAUCAAAUCGAAAUGGACGAAUUCAUAAAAGUCUUUCGACUCGUGAUGUAUAUGAUUCGGGUACAGCUGUCAACUAUGACGGUGACUAUCAUCGUUCAUCAUCCUAUCGUCGUGGUAGUCAACAAAGUGGCGGUCCGUUUGUUGAAUUUCCACCAACGUUACCUCGUGAUCGUGAUGCACCAAUACCGCCACCACAUCGUGCAAGAGCACCAUCCGAUGACUUCUACAGGCCAAUUACGAAGAGUCGAAGUUACGCAGACUGGGAUGAGGGACGUGGCUUUUCACAAUCGAUCAGACGACGUAAUGAAGAUAUGGCUCGAUUGGAGAAUGAAUUUCGUGAUUCUCUGCUAAUGCCACUGCCAAAUAUGUCCAAUAAUAGUGGUAAUAUGUAUGAGCGUGAUCAUCGUCAUGAGCAAAUACCCGGUGGUUAUGAGACUUAUGAUCGAGAAGUUAAGAGUAGCAGUGGUCGUCGCAUCAAUAAAGAUGGAAAUCCCACUGAGUAUAAGGAGCAAUCACAAGAAUGUAGUUACAAACGUGAAACAGAAACGGAUCGUAGACGUUAA